UCUCGUCCCAGUCUGCCCCUACCUCCAUAGCAGCCGACUCCAGCAAAAAAUAACAUUCUCGUGUCCUGCUGGCGACUAGGGGGAAGAAGCAUGGUUUAUGAGAGUAGCAUAGCGCGCGGAGACCUAUCCUCUCUUCCUGCUAGGUUAGCACUGAAGGAAGGAUUCCCGUUUAUAUAAGGCGAUAAAAAGUCAUGCCGAAGACCAUGACCUCUCUCCAGCGCUUAGUUUCUUUCCGCUUUGUCAAUGCAGUCGGUGUAGAGUAGCCUACGAUGUGGACUUGAUAGUGAUGCGCAGCCAACAACAACCAAAAAGAUGAAAUGCUUCUCCCGGUACCUACCUUACCUCUUCAGACCCUCGAGCACCAUCCUCUCCUCCAGCUGUCACACCGAAGCUGACAUCAUAUCCACGGUUGAGUUCAACCCAACUGGAGAGCUGCUGGCGACCGGGGACAAGGGAGGGAGAGUAGUGGUGUUCCAGAGAGAACAGGGGAGUAAGAACCAGCCUCACAGGAGAGGGGAGUACAAUGUUUACAGCACCUUCCAGAGCCACGAGCCUGAGUUUGACUACCUGAAGAGCCUGGAGAUCGAGGAGAAGAUCAACAAGAUACGAUGGCUGCCUCAACAGAACGCUGCCUACUUCCUCCUCUCCACCAAUGAUAAAACAGUGAAGCUGUGGAAGGUCAGUGAGCGGGACAAGAGACCGGAGGGCUACAACCUGAAGGACGAGGAAGGGAGGAUCCGAGACCCCACCACCAUCACCGCCCUGCGGGUACCAGUGCUGCAGCCCAUGGACCUGAUGGUGGAAGCCACUCCCAGGCGAGUAUUCUCCAAUGCCCACACGUACCACAUCAACUCCAUCUCUGUGAACAGUGACUACGAGACCUACAUGUCCACAGAUGACCUGAGAAUUAACCUGUGGAACCUGGAGAUCACCAACCGAAGUUUCAACAUCGUGGACAUCAAGCCGGCCAACAUGGAGAUGCUGACGGAGGUGAUCACAGCAGCAGAGUUCCAACCCAACCAGUGUAACACCUUCGUUUACAGCAGUAGCAAGGGCUCCAUCCGACUGUGUGACAUGAGGGCCUCAGCACUGUGUGACAACCACUCCAAAUUGUUCGAGGAGCCAGAGGACCCCAGUAACCGCUCCUUCUUCUCCGAGAUCAUAUCGUCCAUCUCAGACGUCAAGUUCAGCCACAGCGGGCGCUACCUGAUGACACGGGACUACCUCACGGUCAAGGUGUGGGACCUCAACAUGGAGAGCAAACCUUUGGAGACCUACCAGGUUCAUGACUACCUGAGGAGUAAGCUGUGCUCCCUGUAUGAGAACGACUGCAUCUUCGACAAGUUUGAAUGUGUCUGGAACGGGUCUGACAGUGUGAUCAUGACCGGCUCGUACAACAACUUCUUCCGCAUGUUCGACCGCAACACCAAGCGUGACGUGACCCUGGAGGCGUCGAGAGAGAACAGCAAGCCCCGGGCCAUCCUGAAGCCCAGGAAGGUGUGUGUAGGGGGCAAGAGACGCAAGGACGAGAUCAGCGUGGACAGCCUGGACUUCAGCAAGAAGAUCCUGCACAGCGCCUGGCACCCCUCUGAGAACAUCAUCGCCGUGGCCGCCACCAACAACCUCUACAUAUUCCAAGACAAGGUCAACUAA